CAGAAGCUAAGCAUGAACAUGUAGAGCAGGAUACAUGGCAGGAUAUAUAGUGCAGAAGCUAAGCAUGAACAUGUAGAGUGUGGUAAUCACCAUUUAGCGUUUAGCUUACCUGUAUGGCAACAGGAUAAGUCAUUGUGGUAACCCGUUGUACAGUAUUGUUCAGUUCGUAAUAAAGCUCUGCCCACUACGGUGUCACCUCUCUUGGCCCUUUAUACGCUAAACCUCGGUCGCAUCAUUUGGCGACGAGGAUGACUGGCCACAUGAAGAUGUUCCAGCCUGAUGUGGAGAGCGUGGAAGAAUUCAUUCAGCGUUUUCGACUUCAACAUAGUGACAAACUUGCUGCGGCUGAUGCAAAGAAAGGUUCGUCCUUGUCCACUAUGUACCUUGCAAACGCCCUACCUGUUAACAUUCUGACUGACUUGCAACGAAGGUUGAAGCCAAGGUUAUUAACCGACGUCAAAUAUGAAGAAUUGGAAGCUCAAUUAAUUUCGUCUUACGGAGUGAAGAAAUUCGUUAUUGGAGCUGCGGUAGCAUUUCUAACUCGUAAGCAGAAGCCCGGCGAAAGUAUUGAAUCUUACGCUAAAGUUCUUAAUGUACUUUCUUCCCAUGUUGGGUACUCAAACUGCUGUCGUGAUAGACUCAUCAGGGAUGUUUUUGUUAGUGGUUUGCAAUCGACCAAACUUGUUGCAUCGCUGCUCGUGGAGUGUGAAAAUAAAACUUUCCAGGAGUGUGUUGAACGUGCCAAAAUCGUGGAACAAGUUACAAAAGAUGUCGAAGAACUCACACCAAGUGUUGUGAAUGCAGCAAACUACAAGCUCAAAACUACGCACGGCACUUCACCGAAACGGAACGAACAAGGUUCCAGGGCUAGCAUUCCAUUGUCAUACAAGUGCAUUAGAUGUGGAGCCGCAGGCAAACAUAGAGCAAGUGACUGUUACACUUUAAAGAAGAAAUCGAAAUGUACUUCAUGUUCCAAAACUAGCCAUAUCUCCAAAAUGUGCAGAUCUGCGAAGAAGCUGACAAAUAAAAGUAAACCAACUAAUCAUCCGUAUCCUGAGGACGAAUUUGCCGAAGAAGUUGAUCAAUUAGACUACGCAGCAAAUUGCCUUGUUGACGCAAGCAUCUAUUCUGGCGAUUAUACGGGUCGCCCUCAUGACGCUGUCGCUGAGACUUCUGACCACUGCGCGAGUUCUACCCGUAACAUCAAUGUGGUAAAGGCAAGUCAUGGCAAACUGCCCCUCGAUAAUUGUAAGUCUCCUAAUGCUUUUUUAGACCCAAAUUGCAAUUAGUUCCCCUCGCUGAGAAGC